GGAGUGAGUGAAGUCAAGGCGGCUCAUAUGAGAUCUCAAGAACUCAAACCACACUCCAAUCUCAGACUAUAAGAAACCCUCUGCCACAUUGCUCUCAAGAUGAACAAAAUGGAGUCCCAUCGAUGCUCCUCCCUCUUCCUUCUCCUCUUUCUUUCCAUACUCUUCGUCGGGGCUUUCGCAUCAGAGCAUAUCAUUGGAUCUACAAGUCUCACCACUCGUACAAUUCUUCAAGCCAAAAAAGCUUGUCCAGUGAAUUUUGAAGUUGCGAACUACACCAUCAUCACAAGCAAGUGCAAGGGGCCUAAAUACACAGCCAAUCUUUGCUGCUCAGCUCUUGCAGAAUUUGCGUGCCCCUAUGCCAAAUAUCUCAAUGAUUUAACCAAUAAUUGUGCUUCAACUAUGUUCACUUAUAUUAAUCUGUAUGGAAAAUAUCCUCCUGGCCUCUUUUCCACCCUCUGCAAAGGAAAAGGCAGAAAAGGGGGCCUUCAAUGCCCUAAAGCUAAUUGAGCUGCUCCCCCAAGAUGUCGUGUAUCAAUUAUCGUGAAGAAGAAUAAGUGUUGAUCUAUGAUCAGGUCGUGUUAUGAGUAGUAUGGAACAGGCUGUUCGUGUUCGUGGUGUGAACAAGAUGGCUUUCGGGCCAAAUAUUGCUAGUGUCCGUGCUUGUGUUGUGUAUUGUGGAAUCGUUGGUAUAAGCUUUGAAGGCAAGAAUAAGUUAGACUGCAAUUUCAGUAA